AUGUCAAGGAAAUGUCUCCAUUUACAGCAGGAUUUGAAAGAAACUCGGAAAAAACUUGAGGCUCUUACCACCAUCAAUACGGACGGAAAAAAAAGCGAAAAGACUACCUCAUUAAAACCUCCAGCUACUACAGUUGAGGAAACUGCCUGUGUUCUACAAACGUCUCCAGAUUGUGACACAGGACAGCUGCUGCUUUUGCCAUGUCUCCAUGCCGCCUGUAAACCUUGCAUUGACCAGCACAACCAGAAGGACAUUGUCUGCUCUUGUGGGCGAGACAUCAACUUGGACAAGGAACGUACAGCAGUCGACUUCGUGAGGAGAAAUGAAAUUGCUCUUGCAACAGAUGAACACGAAUGUGAAUUUCUCACAGGACAAUGCACCGAGAAAGUUGUAAGUCAUUGUAAGACGUGUAACAUCUCCAUGUGUGCUAACUGCACCGACAAACACAACACGACAAGAGCAACUUCAAAACAUGCUGUAGUAUUGGCUGAGCAGUUUAAUGAAAUGCCGAUUCGGGAACGACUACCUCUCUCGACGUGUUCAAAUCAUCCUACUAAGAUUGUCAAUUUUUUCGAUGAACAAUGCGACACAUCAGUUUGUUCUGUGUGUGCAAUAGGAAAACACAAGGACCAUGGCAUUAAAGAUCUUGAUGAAACAUUUCAAGAAACUAAAGUGCUUCUUCUCAACAAAGUAGAUCAGCACAAGGAACACCUGCAGAAGAUACAGACUUCUUCUAGACAGGUACAGAGUCGGAUGACAGAGCUGGAGGAUAGGGCUCAUCAAGUGACGAAGGAAAUAGCUGACGUACACACUGACCUUGCUCUGCAUUUAGUGAAAAGGUUAAAGUUUCACAAUCAGCAAAUUGAGAAAGAAGUUGAGAAGCACAGGCGUAAUCUUCUGAAGGAUAUGGCAUGCCUUGGAACCACAGAAUCGGCUGUACUGGCUACAUUAAGUUAUGCUGAAAGGGCCAUGGCGUCUACCACAUGCGCCCAAUUCAUGGGUCUCUUGUCUACCAUUGUUAGCAAGAUUGACGAAGAUUUACUCCGCCCGUUUCCUGAAGAUUCGGUCAAGACAAAGGCCUUGACAUUCACUCCUACAGGACAUAAGGCUCUUCGCGAGAUGGUUGCAAUGUUUGGGAGAGUCAGCACGUCUGACAAGGACGUAGAUGAUGCAGAUACCAUGCCGACCAUAACAGAUUUACAAUCUCAACUUGCCAUCUUCAAGGAUCAGGAGAAGAAACCUGCAAUGGAGGUUCACACGUCCUUAACAGACCAUCUGGAAUCACAAGGAAUCUACUUCCUGGAUCCCGGAAAGCUGGACUUCUCAUCAAUCCUUCAUUGUAUACAUCUUAAAUAUGAUAGGGACAUGGUCAACCUGGAUAGAACCCACAUCAACGCAGAAGGAGACCUGGUCAACAAAAGGCUGAAUGCCACACCUGCAGAGGAAGACAGACUGAAGAACUACUGGGGGACAUGUAGUAGUGCCCCCCUCGCCCGGACUGGUUGUCUGCAGUACUUCGAGACGGAGGCAAGGGUUGGCCUGGACAAACCACUCAAUGCGAACGUCCUCCUCUUUGAGGUUGGUGUCUGUCCUAAGGAAGAGAGGGACAUAAAGCACAGUAUAGAAAAUCGUCCUCAUGCUUACUGUUUGGACGUCAAAUCCUGUAUUACUCACGAAGGGAUAUGCAGGGCAAUCAGGAAGGAGGGAAAACGUGUGUUACAUCUUCCUGACACCAUACCCAACACAGCAGGGGCAUCAGGCACACUACAUUACGGUAUCGUCUAUGAUGACGCCAGGAAGAAGAUUGUCUUCAUUGAUGUGAAGGAGAACAAAGUGAUGUCGACAGUAGACCAGGUAGACUCCAGUCAACCCUUGUGGCCGAUGUUCGGGGUGUAUAACUCAGAAAAGAGCCUUAUCAGCAUGAGACUUGUCGUGGGGAGCGACAUUAACAUGACAGAGGAGAAGAAGUCAAUGAUUGUCAAGGCACUGGCGUGAUGUCGUAGUACAAUACUGGUGACCAUAAUAAUGGUUAUAGUCACACGAAGACUGUGAGAUACUCAUCUCUCAGAAAUAUAGCGCUUAGAAGUAAAUGAGUGACUAUGUAUCAAAACUUUACACUUAAUAUAGAUUCGCGAAUGGCUGCCAAGCUAGAUGUUUCUUACUGAUUGCUGUUAAGCUUUUGUAGGUAUUAUGUUACAUUUACUUUGCAUCUUUAUCAUAUUUAUUUCCAUAGAAUAACAUACAAUAUGUUUAUCUUUUAGAAUACAUUUCACAUCAAUACACAGUCACAAAUAUCCAUUCAUACUAUGGAUACAACCCAAACCACCUAAUUUUACUCAUUUUUCAUGUGUCACAACUCCAGUGGCCGAUGUGCGCUUUGAGUUUUUUUGUCAUUUUCAUGUUUUACAAAAGACAUAUUUAACCUAUCAUAAUUAAUCAUGUUGCAGCUACAUGCUUGGCUUGGUUUGGCCUUUUUUGUAUGGAAAAACAUUAUGUAAAAAAAGGUCAAACUUUGUCACAAGGUUUGAUGUCACUACCUAUACAGCACACACACAAACACACAAAUUGCAAUAAUGAUUAGUCCCUGUACUGUCCUCUAAUUCUGCUUCAUGUUUGCAAGCAAUGGCAGUGAGGAAACAUGGCUGUAAAACACAGACACACAUAAAUCAUUUUUUCUGAAAUGUAUCGCAAAAAUGUGUGUACAAAAUGAUAUCUGAGAUUUGUGCAUGUCCUAAUCGUUACGGUGGCUACCGCUGAAACCAAUUAAUUUUGUGAAACCAAACAACGUCAAGUACCUUAGACAGUAGGGGAUAUCAUUUAAAGCCAUGAGCUCAGUAAACUUUGGGUACCAGUUAUUGUUAUAAAACCGAUAUUGUCAGUAGCUGAAGAAGGACACGGCUCUGGUAGGACUGUUAAGGUAGUGACAUUUUAUACCAUCACAAUGUCACUUUAUGUUCUCGUCACGAUAUGGCUGCAAUAUUGCAGAUGUGACUUUAAAUAAUAACUCACUCACUCACUCAUUCACAAUGUGAUUGCCGUAACAUCUUAUUAUCUUUUAAAGUAAACA